AUGGCUGCUGACAACACCUUCUGUCUAAACGACUUCGAUGCAAUCGGAUUCGAUUUAGAUCAUACUAUAGCAAAAUAUAAACUUAAUGAGGUUAUGUCUCUCACCUAUGAUAGUUUGGCUAAAUAUUUAAUCGAGAAGAAGGGAUAUGAUAAAGUAUUGCUAGAACCAAUGGAAACUGAUAAAGAUUUUCUAAUAAGAGGACUGGUAUUUGAUAUUAAACUUGGGAAUUUUCUGAAGCUAUCUGAAGAUGGUAAAAUUUUAAGAGCUUCCCAUGGGAGAAAAAAAAUGACAGACGAGGAAAUUGAACAAGAUUAUGGUAAGGACAAAAAAUGGCAUGAAUUUGAAGAAUUAAAAGAAACAUUAAAACAAACAGAUAAUUUUCGAUAUUUUGAAAAUUCUUUUGACCUACCAGGUUCUAUUUUAUGUGCUCGGAUUAUUGAUCUUAUUGAUAAAAAGGAAAACAAAAGGCCAGAAAAAUACGAGUUUUUGCCCGAUGUUUGGGCUGCAUUUGGCAACUGCUAUAGUAGGGAAAAUUUUGCUGCAAACACAGGUGAUUUCUUUCCCUCGGUGAAAAAGAAUCCUGAGAAAUACUAUGAGAAAUGCAGUGAAGGUUUAAAGAAAUGGUUAAGAAGUCUUAAAGAAUCUGGAAAAUAUGUCUUCCUGUGUACAAGCUCACAUGUGGAUUAUGCAAAAUUUCUAUUAGAAUUUAUUCUUGGUUCUGAUUGGCAGUCUUAUUUUAAUUUAUGCAUCACAUAUGCCAGAAAACCUGGAUUUUUUAGGAAUACGCCUGCUGAAAGACCAUUUUUUAAACUAGAUAAUGAUAUCGAAACCAAGGAAGUAGUAACUGAUUUAGAAAGCAAUAAAAUCUACUCCCAGGGAAAUGCUGAAAAUCUUAUGGGGUUAUUAAGGAAAGUUACUGAAAAAGAAAAUCCAAAAGUUGCAUAUAUUGGUGAUAGUUUACGUUCAGAUGUACAUCCGGUGGCACAGUUGGAAAACUGGUAUGCAUUACUUGUACUGGAGGAGAUGGAAGUUGAAUCACUGAAUGGCAAAGUAGAUAACGAUGGUGAUGAACCUUUAGCUAAAAAACGAUACACUGUGAGUAAUUUGAUGGUCUCUAUUUGUGUCAACAACAACCCAAAGGGUAUCCCACCAGAGGGACACUUCUUGUGA